AUGGACGUUAAAAACGCCUUCUUGAACGGGACUCUUCAAGAAGAAGUUUACAUGGUUCCUCCACCAGGGAUAGAAGUAGCUUACUCUCCUCGUGGCUAUCUUCUUUCUCAAUCUAAGUACAUUGCUGAUAUUCUCGAUCAGGCUCGUCUCUCUGAUGCUCGCACUGUUGAUACCCCUCUUGAGCUUAAUGCCAGGUAUUCUUCAUCUGAUGGUGUUGCCUUGUCAGAUCCCUCUCUAUAUCGCACUUUGGUUGGUAGCUUAGUGUACCUUACUAUCACCAGGCCAGACAUCACUUAUGCAGUUCACAUUGUCAAGUUAUGUGCCUACUCAGAUGCAGGUUGGGGUGGUGAUUGUGCUGAUCGCAAAUCUACCAUUGGUUUUUGUAUAUUUUUGGGAGAUUCUCUUAUUUCUUGGAAGAGUAAAAAACAGACUGUUGUCUCUCGAUCGUCUACAGAAGCAGAAUAUCGUGCCAUGGCCUCCACUAUCGCUGAAAUUGUUUGGUUGCGUUGGUUACUUGCUGAUAUGGGUGUUAUUCUCUCAGAUCCCACUCCGAUGCAUUGUGACAAUGUUAGUGCUAUUCAGAUUACUCGCAACUCCAUUACCGACUUGUUUACGAAGGCUCAUACUAUUUCUCGUUUUCGUUUCUUAGUUAGCAAACUCUCGAUGCUUUCCACAAAUGCAUCGUGA